UUGGGUUAAUUGUUUGUCCUCCCGGUAAAAUCGUGCACGCCACACCCAGCACGUCAGAGAGUGAGAAAGAGGCCUUGUUCACUUAUUUUAUGGAUGGUGUGUGACUGUGAGCGAAAUAUUAACUGAGAAGUUAGUGUCUGAGAUAAAUUUAUAAUUUUUUAUCGUCACAGUAUUUUUGUUAAACUGAGAAUCAAAAUAGUGUGCCAUCACGUUGCCGUAUUUAAUGUCGAAAUUCGCAGUAAUAGUUAAAUGUUGUGUUUUGUUUAACACUAGUGAUAAUAAUAUAACGAUAGGUUUAGGCUUAACGUUAUCUACGUUCUCGCAAGUUAUACAAUCCUAGUGGCUGACGACUACCGAGUAGCUUGACGAAGUUAGCUCUCAAGACGGCGGUUGUUCGUGUUGUACUAAUUUGUAGUACCGCGCUCAUUCGCCGAUUACAUUUAGAAAUUUGAUCAUGGCUUGUUGUCUCAGUGAAGAAGGAAAAGAACAGAAAAGAAUCAACCAAGAAAUAGAAAGACAGCUUCGUAAGGAUAAACGUGAUGCAAGAAGAGAACUUAAACUACUUUUAUUAGGUACAGGUGAAUCUGGCAAGAGUACUUUUAUUAAACAAAUGAGGAUCAUUCAUGGACAAGGUUAUUCAGAUGAGGACAAGAAGAGCUAUAUUAAACUGGUAUAUCAGAACAUAAUAAUGGCUAUGCAGAGUAUGGUCAAAGCCAUGGAAAUGUUGAAGAUAUCAUAUAAAGAUCAGAGUAAUAUUGAAAAUGCUGAGUUAAUUCAUUCUGUUGACUAUGAGACAGUUACAACUUUUGAUAGCCCCUAUGUGGAAGCAGUAUCAUCGUUAUGGGCAGAUCCAGGAAUCCAAGAAUGUUAUGACAGGAGAAGGGAGUACCAACUCACAGAUUCAGCAAAAUAUUAUCUUAGUGAUAUUCAGAGAAUAGCUGCCCCAGACUACCUACCUACCCAGCAAGACAUCCUUAGAGUCCGAGUCCCUACAACUGGAAUUAUUGAAUACCCUUUUAUUCUAGACUCCAUCAUUUUCAGAAUGGUUGAUGUUGGUGGUCAGAGAUCUGAAAGGAGAAAAUGGAUUCACUGUUUUGAGAAUGUCACUUCUAUAAUCUUCCUUGUCGCCUUAAGUGAAUAUGAUCAAAUUCUUUUUGAAUCAGAUAAUGAGAAUCGAAUGGAAGAAAGUAAAGCACUUUUUAAGACAAUUAUUACAUAUCCCUGGUUUCUAAACUCGUCAGUCAUUCUCUUCCUCAACAAAAAAGAUUUGUUGGAAGAAAAAAUCAUGUUUUCUCAUCUUGUUGACUAUUUUCCUGAGUAUGAUGGCCCUCAGCAGGACUACAUCGCAGCUCGUGAGUUCAUUCUCCAGAUGUAUCUGGAUCAAAGUCCAUACCCAGAUCAUAUGGUUUACUCACACUUCACUUGUGCCACAGACACAGAAAACAUACGUUUUGUAUUUGCUGCUGUGAAGGACACCAUCUUGCAGCUAAAUCUGAAGGAGUACAACUUGGUCUAGGGAAAGACUAUCUAGCAACAGAAUCAUGUCUGGCAGCAUCAUUGCUUUUAUACACUGCUGUUUUCUGGCUCAUUUUUGUCUAUACUUUUGUGAAAAUAGGCCCUGACACCUUGUUGGGAUUCAAGUAUCUGUAUUAGUGUGUGUGUGUAUUUAAUUAUGUGUGCACAUCUUGUGACCUCUGUAUUCUGCACACGUUUUUGUUCUUGUAUUGAACUGAAUACAACAUGACAUCAGCCUUGAGCUAUAAUUUGGAUAUUUUGAGAUGAUGGAUUAAUGUGUCACAUUUAGAUACACAUGCUUCCCAGCUAUUGAACCAUUCAUCUUUGCAGCUGUACCCUCUGUUAUCUUUUCUUGUUGACUUAAUAGCUCGGCUGCAGUGAGACUAGCUUUGAUGUUUGUGGAUCUUGAAACAUCUGAGGUUUUAUAGGCAUCACUGUGCCAAACCUUAAGACUAUUUUAAGUGUUUCCUUUUUUCUAAGAAUAAAAAAAAAUAGUGGCACUAUGUUGCUAUUUCUUACCAAAGAAAAAAGAUAAAGCCUGCUGUCUGUUUGUGUCCUGUAUUUUAAAAUUUUUGCAGUGAAUGAUGGAACAAAGGAAAUGAAUCCGCCCAUUUGCGACCGUGGUGUAUGGGAUAAACAGGUAUUUUACAUUGGUGCUGAAUGGUCUGCAGAAAUGAUGCUUCAAGUAUUAGUGGCUCUGUAAAGGUUCAUUGUGACUUUCAAAAUCUUAUUAAAAAAACAGAGGACAAGUCUAUGGCAUAUCUGCUGAAGAACAGGAUGGCUAUGAUAUAUAUAAGAUUCUAGUCAUCUUUGUGUGUGUGUGUGCGUAUAUAUAUUUGUAUAUAUAUACAUACAUAUAUGUAUGUCAACAAAAUGUUCUUAUGAAUUUUGUUUAAUGUGACCUUCACUUUCUCCUUCAAAAUUUCAAAACUCUAUUAUGGGAAGUUUCAGCUCCCAUCUCCUUCAUAUUUGGUCAUCUCCUAACUCCAUUUCAAGUGUGAAACAGGCAGCAUGACAGAACUUAAUUUAUUUAUAAACAGCUUUCUUCUUUUACUUAAAGAGUGUAACGAUAUAGCUUGAUUUAUUGUAAAUGGAGUUUGUAAAUGUAUGUUGUUGUUUUUGUUUAGAACUUCCAUGGUGGCUAAAUCUUAGAAAGGAAAUCAUAAUAAGGUAGUGUACACAUCAGUUGCUAAUGUUUGACACUAUACAACAAAGACAAUUAAUCUACAUAUUAUAUACAAAUCUGUUCUCCUACCCCUUUAAUUCCAUAUUUAAAUGCAUGCAUAUGUUCAGUUCCAUUCACCUUCCUCUCAAAGAGUUGGAAACUAAUGUAUUAUGGUGCUGGAAACUGCUUGAUUUAAAAGGCUCUUUGCUGUAAUAUCACAAAGUAAUGGAAUGCGUGUAAUAUAAUGAGUAAGGAACGAAGGAUAUACAUCAGAAAGCACAGGCAUGUCAGUAUAGCUCUUAAUAUUUGCUUAUGUGUUCAAGGAGGAGGUGUGAAAAAAUCACUCACUACCAUGAUUAAUUGAGAAAGUUUGUUAAUAUUCCACUGAUACAUGAUUGUAUGAUUUUAAUUUAUUUUCAGAAUUAUAUUACACGAGUAAAGGUCUACAUUUGUACUAGAUCAUCUACAAAAAACAGUAUCUUGUAUUUCUUUAAGUUGCUUUAUAUAUAUAUAUGUAUUUCUCUGAAAAUUACUGUGUUUUAUUAUAUAUAUAUAUAUAUAUAUAUUGUGUGUGUAUGUAUGUAUGUAUAUGUAAAACAACAAUUUUCACAGAGAAAUGUGCAUUAAACUUAUUAAAUACUGAGCUAAGAUACCAUACCUUCAUAUUGUUGUUAGUUGUACAUUAGGAUGAGGUCACAUAUUAUGCUUUCUUGAUUUUUAUUUUUUGACAAUUUUAUUGUUAUUUUCUGUUGUAGGUUUUAUUUUUUGUAAGUUAUGUGUGUGUAGCUGUUUUCUCAACUUCUGAUAGGCUACAGAUUGAAGAUUGUUAACAAGACUAUCAGUGUUUGCACGCAAAAAUACACUAUCUGUUAAAAUUUUGUUUUAGGUAUUAGAGAAGUGUCUCAAAUUGUAUUCGUGAAUUUGUAUAUAUCUUAAAUCAUUGACAUAAACUUAAUCCACCAUAUUAUCUAUCAAAAGAUAAAAGGAUUGCAAAAAAAAAAGAGAUUGUUGUGAUAUUGGUUUGCCAAAGUAAUCUUUAAAUUUCUGCCAGUAUAUUAGAGUAUUAACCCUCAAGUAGUGGGGUGGGGUCAGAAUGACCCAUGUUGACUUUUCAAGUUGAUAUUCCAACUCAUCUAGUGCUUCUCUCUACCUGAUAUUUUCUGUACUCUACCCUCAGUCAAUUUUUAGUGUUUAGCAGGAUGGAUUUACUGUUGCAGUUCUCUUCUUUUUUAGUGUUGUAAUUCUUUGGGGGUCAUUCUGACCCACCCUACCACUUAUGAUAUAAAUAUUUUACCCUACCUGUUGAGGGUUAACCAAAUGCCCCCCCAGUGGAUCAGCAGUACGUUUACAGAUAUAAAACACAAAAAUCCAGGGUUUUAUUCCCCCUGUGGUGAACAUAGCACAGAUAGCCUUUUGUGUAGUUUUGCACUGAAAAACAUCAUCAACAAUAAACCAAAUACUGGUUGUGUUUAUUUUUCACAGGAAAAUUUGCUCUUUAUACAGGCUUACCUUAUUCAUUAGAUUGAUAUGUAAUUGAUUUAUUUUGUAACAAACUGUAAUCUUAAUAAAUAAUAUGUACAAAUUGA